ACUUCCCAUCAGACACUAAAGCUCCAUUGUCUUCUUCAGUAUAAAAAUCUGCCCUUCCCUCACAUCAUACCACUGAAAUGCUCCCAUUGCUCAAGGAGAUCAAGAUGGACUUCAAGUUCUUGCUCACUCUUUCAACAAUCAUAGGCCUUUUCUCUCUACUCAAAACAUUGGUGGUGAUUCUGAGAUGGGUCUGGAGCUCAUUCCUUAGGCCCAAAAAGGACCUGAAGAAGUAUGGUUCUUGGGCAGUUGUCACAGGUCCUACUGAUGGUAUAGGGAAGGCUACCACUUUUCAACUGGCUCGCGAGGGCCUGAACUUGGUCCUAAUAGGCCGGAACCCUGCCAAGCUGAGCUCGGUCUCUAGCGAAGUGCAGGAACGGUUCACCGGCGUCAAGGUCAGGAGCAUUGUAUGCGAUUUUGCAAAAGAUUUGGAGAAUGGAAUUAAGAGAAUAGAACAGGGAAUCAAGGAUUUGAAUGUUGGCAUCUUGAUCAAUAAUGUUGGGACUACUUACCCUUUUGCCAUGUUCUUACAUGAAGUUGAUGAGAAGUUGAUAGAAAGGGUGAUUGGUGUUAAUGUGGUGGGAACAACAAAGGUGACUCAGGUGGUUCUUCAAGGAAUGGUAGAGAGGAAGAGGGGAGCCAUUGUCAACAUUGGAUCUGGUGCUUCUUCUGUUCUGCCAUCUUAUCCCCUUGUUACAAUAUACUCUGCAACCAAAGGGUACAUAGAGAAAUUCUCCAGGAGCCUCAGCGUCGAAUAUAAACCUUAUGGGAUUGAUGUUCAGUGUCAGGUUCCUUUCUUUGUGUCGACAAAGAUGACGAACAUAAUGAAAAGAGUCAUCACCGACUCUUGAGAAGGGUCGAGAAGACCCAAGAGGCUACAAGCCUCUUCCGUUUUUUUUGUAAGUCGGUGGAAGUCUUCUCUCUUAAGUCGUGCUUGUAUAGUGGGUGAAAAGAAAAAUAAUUAAAAAAGAAAAAAUGGAAGCUUCAUCCACCGACCUCCUCUCCCUAUAAAUAGGGAUGGAGGGCAUAGCGUGUGUGCAUGAAAAGUGAGUUGCUCACUUGGUGAGCUUGAGCGUAGUGUGUGAAAAAGUGUGUGUGAGUCUUAGUCUAUGUGCUCACUUUGUGAGCUUGUGAGGUGUGUGAGUUGGGUGUGCUCUAUUUGUGAGCUUGUGAGUGUUACCUCGUGUGUUCACUUUGUGAGCUCGAGCGUUGCAGUUUCAAGUGUGCGCUGCAAGAGCGUUGGGUGUGUUAACUCACUGCGUGAGUCGAGGUGAGUUUUCUUAAGUCCUCUUUUGUAAUAUCCAGUUUGAUGAAUAAAUAGUUUGCUUGUUCAAGUAUA